AACUUUUAGAAUACUUUUGUUUUUUUAAGUCCACAAAUAGUAUACUUGAUUUAGUUUCAUAAAAAAUGGGCUGGGAUAUUGAUAGAUUUCCUGAAGGAGAAGUUCACUUAGAGUUAGUUUGUUGUAUUUGCACAUGUGUUUUGGAAGAACCUGUUGAGUCACCCUGUCGUCAUGUGUUUUGCUCAAAAUGUAUUAGAACUUGGCUGCGUAAUCAAAAUUCUUGCCCUCAGUGUCGCUCAACAGUUCAUAAGAAAGAUUUAAUUUCAGCACUUCCUGCUUUAAAAAAUAUUAUUAGCAAGCAAAGAAUAUUUUGUGAAUUUAAGGAUUUGGGUUGUCCAGAUAUUGUUCCUAUAGAGCAGCUUGAGAGUCAUACACUUGUUUGUCAAUAUGGUUUAAUAGCUUGUUUGAACUUAGGCUGUAAUGUUAAAGUUUUGCGUAAAGAUUUUAAGUUACAUUCAGAUGUAUGUGCCAAGAGAAUGGUUUUAUGUGAUCUAGGGUGUGAAAUGUUUUAUACAGUUGGUGAAAAAGCAACUCAUAAUUGCAUUCGCUCAUUAUACUCUCAUUUUCAAGAUGUGACAAAUGAGCUUAUGAGUCGUAUAUCAAAGCUAGAGGAACAAGUAAAUAUACUUACUUCAAAAAGUAAUCAAAGCACUCAAACAUCUUGUCUUACUUUGCCAAAUGGAGUUUACAUGUCUGCUCCAUUUUCUAAUGUAUCAUCACAAUCAUAUGAGGCUCUGAACACAACCGGGAAUGAUCACCAUGGUUUAAACAAUGCAAAUCUUACAAGCUACCCUAUAGAGAGUAGUGAUUUAUCAGAUGUAGUUGAAUCCAUUGAUUCAGAUGCUACACAUGAAAUUUCUCCACCAGUUUCUCCAACCAUGUCAGAUAUUUGCGACGAUCUUGUUCAAAACUCAAACUAUUUUAUACGCUAUUUCAGAAAUAUUGAACGCACGUACCCAAUUAGGCGUCCUCAUAGAAGAUCUCGCCAAGCUAUUCAUCGUUCUCGCUCACCUCAAAUUUAUUCAGCUUUUCAAGGAUCCUUGCACUUAAAUAACUCAAGAAAUAGAAUAAAUCAAGAAGACAAUCGCAGGCUAACAGACAAUGAUAGACACAUAAGUACUGAUCCAAUAAUAUUAGAGAAUGUUUCUGAAAUUUCUGCUUCAUCUACAGAAUCAGAUACUGAAUGAGAUUUUUUUUACGUUAUUGUUUUGAAAAUUUAAAAUAUUAAAAAUUUUAAAAAGGUUUAUAUUUUCGGUUUGAAUUGUAUUUAUAUUAUAUAAAGAUAUUUAAAUCUGAAAAA